GAAGAAGAAAGAUUUGAAAUUUAAAUGAGUUCGGGAGUGACAUUAUUGAUAUUAACAAAUGGUUGAGGGACCCAACUACAAUUUACGAAAGUAGAAUUUGAAAUGAGGCGGGGUCCUCUUCCAUCACCACCAUUGUUAGUAGAUUUCGCUCUUCAUUCAAAUCCAUUCAAAUCUAACAACACCAAGAAGCUCUUAUUAUUAUUAUCAAUAAUAAAGUAAUAAUGAAUCAGAAUCAUAGCUCUAUUCGCAUUAACAACAAAAUAUUGAAGGAAACAACAACACCAUCAUCCACUUCAACUACUACUACUCAAAAUAUGAAUCGAAGGAACUCUCAAAUCGAAGCAAAUGAGAACGAAUUUGAAUCUCAAACUCCAAUCAACUUUCCACCUCCACGAACACCUUUGAAUUCCAUACCCGAUCCAUCUCAGUAUCAUGAACCCGAACCUAUACGACACCGUCGCUCUUCCUCCGAUAGGUUCGGGAAUGCUGCCUCGGUUCGGGUUGCUAAGCUACACUCCGAGCCUAAUACACCGGCUAGAGUUUCUUCUUCCAGGGUUUCGCUUGGCGGAGGAAACAGCAGAGUGAGCUUAGGAAAAGGAUUUCUGAAAGGAACCGAAAUAUCGACGGAAGUUCAGCAUUUUGAACUAAAUCACGAUCCUUCGUUUUGGACGGAUCAUAAUGUGCAGGUGUUGAUAAGGAUUCGACCAUUGAGUAGUAUGGAGAAGCUUUCACAAGGAAGUGGAAGGUGUUUGAAACAGGAAACUGCACAGACUUUGGUUUGGCUUGGUCAUCCUGAAACCAGAUUCACAUUUGAUCAUAUUGGCUGUGAGACUUUAUCACAGGAAAAUUUGUUCAGAGUUGCAGGAGUGCCCAUGGUGGAGAAUUGUUUGUCUGGUUACAACAGCUGUAUGUUUGCUUAUGGUCAGACGGGCAGUGGAAAAACAUAUACCAUGAUGGGUGAGAUUGAAGAAACACAAGGAUGCCUUGAUGAAGAUAGCGGGAUAACACCGAGAGUUUUUGACUAUUUAUUUACGAGAAUUAAAGUGGAAGAAGAGAGCCGGAAGGAUUGUAAACUGAAAUACACUUGCAAAUGUUCCUUUUUGGAGAUAUACAAUGAGCAGAUAACUGAUCUUCUAGAACCUUCAGCAACAAAUCUGCAACUCAGAGAAGAUAUGAAGAAGGGGGUAUAUGUCGAUAACCUUACUGAACAUUGUGUGGUCACCGUCAAUGAUGUUCUGAGGCUUUUGGUACAGGGCACUGCAAAUAGAAAGGUGGCUGCAACUCAUAUGAACUGCGAGAGCAGUCGGUCUCACAGCGUUUUCACUUGCAUUAUUGAAAGUCAAUGGGAGAAAGAUUCUAUGACUCACUUUAGGUUUGCAAGGUUAAAUUUGGUAGAUCUGGCUGGUUCUGAAAGGCAGAAAAGCUCAGGAGCCGACAGUGAACGUUUGAAAGAAGCUGCAAAUAUAAAUAAAUCCUUAUCAACUCUUGGCUUGGUCAUCAUGACUUUGGUCGACUUAGCGCACGGGAAGCCUAGGCAUGUUCCCUAUAGAGAUUCAAGGCUCACAUUUCUUCUUCAGGAUUCUUUAGGUGGAAACUCAAAAACAAUGAUAAUUGCAAAUGUCAGCCCAUCUAUUUGCUCUGCUAACGAAACACUAAGCACUCUCAAGUUUGCCCAGCGAGCCAAGCUCAUUCAAAACAAUGCAAAAGUGAAUGAAGAUGCAUCUGGUGACAUAAGUGCACUGCAGUGGCAAAUCCAACAGUUGAAGGGUCAACUAUCCUUUAUGAUGAAGAAUAAUUUUUUUCCAACUCCGGUGUCAAAUUUGGAGCCAAAUUCUGAUAGCUGUAGGUUGAGAGAAGUGUCAGAAGAUCACGCCUCUGUGGGAGAAAAAGUGACAACAGGUCACAAGCUACUUACUCCAAACAAAGAGAGCUGUUAUAUCUGGCAGAUCAAAUGCUUGAAAGCUGCGUUGGUUGGAGCCUUGAGGAGAGAAAAAAUGGCCGAGACUACAAUCCAGGAUUUAAAUGUUGAAAUUGAACGCACAAAAUGCUUGGCUCAACAAAAGGAAGAAGAUGCUCAACAUACUUCAAUUAUGCUGAGGCUUUGUGACGAGAAAAUUAAACAACUUGAAUUAUUGGUAGAUGGUCAACUGUCAACUGAGAAGUACCUCAUGGAGGAAAAUAGGGCCUUACAUGAGGAGCUUCAGUUGCUUAAAAUGAAGAUUGAUAAACAUUCAGAAUCAUCCAGACUUGCUUUAGAGAAUGAUAGACUUUUGCAACAACUACAAAUAUUCCAAAACUUCUAUGAGCAUGGAGAGCGGGAAAAAUUGCUGACCGAAAUUUCUGAACUGCGUGAUCAGCUCCUCGGCCAUCUCCAAGAAAAAAUUACAGUCUCCAUGAAAAAUGAAAAUCAGGACAUUGAUGCCACCCAAGUGUUAGAAGAUUGCCAAAAUAUGAAUUCUAAAUUGCUUAGAGAUGUAGCUAAAUUACAAACAGAACUUGGAAAGUAUUUGAACUACAAUCAAGUUAAGUCUAAUUCGGUUCUACAUUCUUCAGUUGAGCAUCCUGAUGAAUUUCUGACAACAGAUAAAUGUUCCUUGGUUGAGACAAUAUCUGUGGGAAGUGAUUCGGGAGAUGAGAUGCCAUCCUCUACAUGGGAAGCUAAUGCUUUAGCAAAUAUAAUUGAAGGUAAUACUUUGAGUGACUUAGCAAUGUGUCCUAAAGAUAACGAAUAUAUGAAGAACAAAGUGUUAGAGGCCAAAUUGGAAAAAAUGAGCAAGGAUCUUGAAGAAGUAAGGUUACUUAACGACAAAUAUCAAGAGAAAUGUGCCUUACAGUUAUCUCAAAAACAGCAAACGGAAAGAGUCUGUCAAGAUGUAGAGCUGGAGACAACCAACACAAUUCUUCAUUUGCAGGAAGAGGUUGCCGGCCUUCAAUCAGAAUUAGAAGGGAAGUUAUGCUCCAUUGCUCAAGAAAAUACAGACUUAAGAAAUGUGGUUGCAGCAAAAGAAGAGGAAAUGAGGUCACUUUGUUUGAAUUGGGAAAAUGCAAUCUUGGAACUGACAACGUUCCUUCUUGAAGGUUCUAGAUCUCUCAAAGAUGCUUGUGGCCAAGUACAAAACAUCUCUUCUUCAUUUCCAAAGGUCAAUGCUUGGAUUAGCGAACAUGUUGGCAUGGCUGUCAAAAAGUAUAUUGAGAAGGAGGAAACAAUUCAUCAACUACAUAGUAGUUUGGAAGAUGCACGGAAGUUGAUAUUGGACAUGGAGUUGAAAAUAUGUUCCUUAAGGGAAGCAACUGUAACCUUAAGUGCAUUAGAACAUCUAGACAAUGAAAAUGGCAUUGAAGAGGCAAUUCAGUUAAGAGUUUUGUUAAAUGAGAAGACCAAUAUGAUAAGAACUUUGGAAAAAGAAAUAAAAUAUAAAAACGAUCAACUUUGUAAAGCAGAUAAACAAGUCAAUGUUGCAUUCCUUGUAGCAAAAUGGCUUUCCGAUACUUCUAAUGCAGCUCAAAUAAAUAAUGAUGCUGAAGACAUUUCCAUCCCUGAUCUAGAAAGGCAAGGGAGAUUGGGAAGUUGUAAUACUUCUGAGAAUCUAGAUGUUGGAUGUAAUUUGUUACUAAAUGAUCUUAUGGAUCAAGUUGAGUUGACAAACCUAGCAGUGUUGGAGAUGGAGAAUGUUUUGAAAGCCAUUUUCGUAGAUACAGAAAUGCAGACAGCAGGUUUCCAAACUGGUGUCUUUGAUCUUUUUUCCGUUUACAAGGAUUUGUUUCAAGACAUAGUCAAAGAAACAAAGGAUAUGAGGAAAGAAAUAAGGGAUUUAAAGAUGCAUCAUAUAAAUCCUAAGGGUUAUACAGUUGACUCACGGACAUUAAAUACAAACAAUUGUCAGGUGUUUGCUGACCAGCAUCACAGCCUGUUUCAGUUAAAAGAGCAACUUAUUGUGAUGAAUAAAAGUUUGAAUAUCAUAGAGAAUUGUGUUAGCCAAGAAGUAGACGUGUCAAGAUUUCAAUUGGUGGAUGAGGAUUUCAUAGAUGCUGAUGAAUUGAGCACUGACAGUUCUUCAGUCUCUGAUAUAUCAACUGAAACUGAGAGUGUUGCUUCUGGAAGCAAGUCAGGUGAAUUCACAAAUAAUUACGACUUUGAGUUAACUCGAGAAAUAACUGAAGAGAAGGUGCACCUAAAUCCCGAAAGCAACACUAUAACUCAAUCAGAUGAUGCUUGCAAUUCGUCAAAUACAGGAAAGUUCAUGAAAAAACCAAUCUAUAAUGAAGCUGGAAUUUCCUGUCUGAGGAGAGAAUUAAAUGCCACUUAUGAUGGCUUCCAAAAACUCUAUAUUUGUUUGUCCCCACUGCUCAAAGAAUUGGAUGAUGGAUCCUGUUCUUACCAGAAAGAACUGGAAAAGGUGGCUCCAUCUUCAAGGUUGAGGAUGCAGAAAGAUGAAGCAGACUAUGAGAGCGACACAGAGGUGUGCAAUUAUAUGGAUAUUAAGCCCGGUGACCGCUUUUUAACCAAAUUUAUGGAAGCUCAUGCAACAGUAAAGGAAGCAGAUUUUACACUACAUGCUUUGACAAAGGCAUUUGAAGAUUCAAAACAGUUGACUGCUAUGUGGAAGCAGGCUGGUGAAAACUUGAUGAUUGAGAGAGAAAACCUAGCUGACGAGAUUCAAAAGCUCAAAUCUUCAACACACCAUAAAGAGGAAGAGAAUCGAUUACUGAAGGACCACAUCAAUUUCAGCUUGAUAGAGAUGACAAGUUCAUUUUCCAUGCUAGAAGAGUGUUUUUUGCAAAUGCAAAUUGACGUGGAGAAGAAAUUCAUGACAAUAUAUUCUGAUGUUCUUCAAAUGGGGCAGGAGAUACAAUACUUUAUGAACAGUCUAAAGUCAUCAGUAGAAGAUAUUUUCUCUCAGAUUGUGGAUGGAGGUUUUGUAUCUUUUACUCUGUACAGUUGCUGUUUAACAGAGCUUGUCAGCAAAUUUACUGGCUUUAGUGUAAACCAUGAGUUGCAAUCAGCAAAGCAAGGGGAAUUUUGUAAUUUGCCAAAAAGUUGCUCAAGUAUUCCAGAACCUGUCCCGAGUACAGUUUAUGAAGGUGUUGGGAAAAUAGAUCACCAUCUGUUAAUCCAAAAUGUGCAAGAGGAACCAGAUUUGCCCAAUGUUAGAGUAUUAUACGAAAAUAUGGAUCUUAAAAAGGAGUUAGAGAGGAAACAAGAGUUAUUAGAGGGUUUAUUUUUUGACUUUAGGCUGUUGCAGGAAUCAGCUUCUAACAGUAAGGAAAUUAAGGAUCAGACCGAGAAGUUAAUAUUUUCUCUAAGCCAAGCUCGACAUGAGCUAGAGAUUAAAACAAAUCAGCUUGAUGAUAUGCUAGUUCAAAACAGAAAACUUGAAGCUUCUCUUGCUGACACUGAAAAGGCCUUAACUAUAUCAAAUUAUGAGCUUGGACUUGCUAAAGAAUCAAUUGAGAAAUUUUCUGAUCAAAAUGAGGAGUUAAGGGAACUUUUAAAAGAAUUAUAUGGCAACAAAGUUGAAGCUGAAGAGCAAUUGGAUGAGCAUAAAGAGGUGAUUAAAGGUUUGGAAAAAGAAAUUGACAAUUUGACAGCUUCAGUGGAAAACCAAUCACUUUCCUUGUUUGAAAGCAUCGAGAAUGAACUAAAUCAGGUGAUGAUGGAGAGAGAUGAACUCCACGAAAAAGUUCAUGUCUUGAAUGACAAGCUUGAUAUGGCUUAUUCCUUGGUUGAUGAAAAGGAAGCUAUUGCCGUGGAAGCUCGUCAGGAGUCAGAGUCUAGCAAGUUCUAUGCGGAACAAAAGGAAGAGGAAGUCAAGAUUUUGGAACAUUCUGUUGAGGAGCUCGAAUCUACCAUAAAUGUUUUAGAGAAAAAGGUGUAUGACAUGGAUGAGGAAGUGGGAAGACAUCGUUCAAUUAGUGAUUCACUGAAAGUGGAACUCCAAGCUUUGACAGAGAGGUUAUUGUUAGUUGAGAGUUUACCCCAAAACUCAAAUUCAGAAAGCAUGAGUGUUCAAACUGGAGACAAGAUAUAUAGGCAACUACCCAGUAAAGUACUGGAACUUCACGAGGCACUGAAGCUUCUUGAAAAGGAAAAUGCAGAGAAAGAUCAGGAGAUUAAAAAGUGCAAAGAGUACAUCUCUGAAAUUGUAUUGCAUGCUGAAGCCCAAGCAUCGCAGUACCAACAGAAGUACAAGUGCCUGGAGUCAAUGUUCCGUGAAGUGAAAACAGAUGUGUCAUAUUCAACAUCCAUGGUACCAACAUCAGAGAAAAUGGAGAAAACCUCAACAAGGGCUAGAGGUUCUAGCUCACCAUUCAGAUGCAUUUCAAAUCUUGUUCAGCAGAUGAAUCAGGAGAAAGAUCAAGAACUGGCAGUGGCAAGGUGCCGUGUGGAAGAACUAGAAGCUCUCUCAGCUAGUCGACAAAAGGAGGUAUGCAUGCUACGAACAAGGCUGGCUGCUACUGAAAGCAUGACUCAUGAUGUCAUUCGAGACCUUCUUGGUGUCAAAUUGGACAUUACCAACUAUGCAAAUUUGAUAGACCAAAACCAAAUCGUGAAACUAGUAGAGGAAGCUCAUCAUCAGAGAGAAGAGAUAUUUUUAAAGGAAAAAGAGAAUCUCGACCUUAGACUACAUAUUAAUGAUCUCAUUGAAGAAAGAGAGAGCUGCAUAUCGGAACUGAAAAUUAAAGAGGCAGAUAUGCUUGCAACUCAGAUAGCAGUACAACAACUCCAAGAGCGAGAUCAGAUGCUUUCAGCACAAAAUGAAAUGUUGAAGAUGGAGAAGACCAAUCUCAUGAGGAAGGUUGCAGAAUUGGAUGACAUGGUGAAAACAGUACUUGGGACACGAAAUUAUCAACACGUCCCACAGUCGUCAAAGACUAAGGAUAAGGGUCCUCAAAAUGUGGGGAACGUCAGAUUUACCAAGAGGUUGUCACAAUACGAACGACUUUCUUCUUCUCGUGUUAAUGAAGACCUUACACAGCGCCGCAAAUCUUCUGGUAAUAAUUUGCACGGCUAAACAACCACGUUUUUUGGUGCCUGGUCCAACAUGUUUUCAUGUAAAAUGUACAGAUACCCUCUCACUGUACAAUUGAUACCUCAUUGUAAGACCUUUGCAAGUUCAAAAAAUGUACCCAAAUAAAGUCUCAUGUAACAUUUAGUGUGGUGUUUUUGGGUAUAGUUGUCCAAUCUAUCAUCUCUCUUCGGAUCAGUUAUUGUACAAUAGGAGCUUGGCUAUGAAGCUUUCUGCCAAGGAAAAGGGCAAACACUAUUCAGUCUGAUUCAGUUGUACCAUUUGACCAAUAUAAAUAAACAGUUGUACCAUUUGAAAAAUAUAUUAAAUAAGGUUUAUUUAAUA